AUGAGUGAUUUUUUAGAAUGGGCUUAUGAAAACAGAAGAUAAAUUGGGUUAGAUAUUUUGGCUGGGUCUUUUAGUGGAAUGUGUAAUAUACUGUCUAGUCAUCCAAUGGAUACAAUCAAGGUGAGAAUGUAAAUGUCACAUGAUGGAAUUAUAAAAACAAUCACAUCUAUUAUGAAAAAUGAAGGGAUAUUUUCGUUUUAUAAGGGAAUGCUCUUUCCUUUUAUUUCUGUUCCGAUUCUCUAGGCAACUGUAUUUUCAAAUCACGAGUUUUGGAAGAGAUUCUUUGUGGGUGACAGUAAAUAAUCAUUAACUUGUUAUUAAAACAUGAUAGCAGGAGGACUUUCUGGAUUAGCUGCUUCAUUUAUAUCCUGUCCUGUUGAAUUGGCUAAAUGCAGAUUAUAGAUGCAAGUUUAAAAUGUGAAUAAAAUGUGGAAGAAUCCAGUGGAUUGCAUGAUAUAGAUUGCAAGAAAGGAGGGCAUAUCUUAUUUGUAUCGAGGGAUGAAUGUUACUUGUUAAAGAGAAAUUCUAGGAUAUGCAGCUUUAUUUGUUGUUUAUGAUGUAGUGAAGGACGCUCUAAUAUCUGUAAAAAAGUAGAAGGAGGCAAGCAACUUAGAUAUGUUAAUAUCUGGAGGUUUGGGAGGCAUUGCUUGUUGGACUAUUGGAUAUCCUUAAGAUAUUAUAAAGACUAUCUUGCAGUGUGAUACAGGUAUUGGUAAGACUAGAAAGUAUAAACCACAUUUUUUGGAUGGAGGAUUUUAUAGUUGCUUGGUUGAAUAGGUAGGCAAAAAUGGUUGGAGAUGCCUAUUUAAAGGAUAUUCAGUUUGUAUUUUUAGAGCAUUUUAUGCUAAUGCUAUAGGGUUUUAUGCAUUUGAGACAGCGAAGAAGUAUUUAAAUCGAUGA